CCUCGGUGUUUUACUUAUUUUUUUAAUCUUUCUUUACAAUAAGUCUCACAUCGAUGUCGACGCAUUAUUUCAUCCCUCAGUUAUUUUUCCUGAUAUCCAGGUUUACUCGGCACGAUCCAACAUUAAGAUACCGUGGUUAUCUGAAUAAUUGGCCUUGGGAUUGGCAUCAGAAUGAGCUGUGAUAGUUGAAGAAACUUGACAAACAUGUCGGGUAUUGUUGCGGGAAAACUUGCAUUUGUCACAGGUGCUGGCAGCGGUAUAGGCAGGGCCGUAUGUCGGAUACUGGCAAGGGAAGGUGCUAAAGUUAUUGCAUCUGAUCAGAAUUCGAAAAAUGUUGCAGAUACUGUAGCUACAUUGGAAGGUGGUGAUCACACUGCGUUAACGGUCAACGUCACGUCGUCAAAGAGUAUAAAUGAUGCAUUCAAAUCAGUCAUUGAGCGCUACGCAAAGCCGCCAACUUUGGUUGUUAAUUCUGCGGGCAUAACGCGGGACAAAUAUAUGUUGAAACUUUCAGAAGAAGAUUUUGAUCAAGUGAUAAACGUCAAUCUAAAAGGGACAUUUCUUGUCACUCAAAUUGCUGUCAAGGCAAUGGUAGAAGCCGGAGUAUCAAACGGAGCAUCUGUUGUGAACAUCGCGUCGAUCAUUGCAAAACUUGGAAAUAUUGGUCAAACUAAUUACAGUGCUUCAAAGGCUGGCGUUGUAGCUAUGACAAAAUCUGCUUCCAUGGAAUUCGGAAAGUUUGGGGUUCGCAUCAAUGCCGUAUUACCAGGCUUUAUUAAAACACCAAUGACAGAUGCUGUCCCAGAGCAUAUUUUAGGAAUGGCGGCAGCAAAAUCCCCGUUAAACCGAGUGGGAACACCUGAUGAAGUUGCUGAAGUUGUAACAUUUUUAUGUUCAAACAAGAGUUCUUUUGUCCAUGGUGCGUCCAUAGAAGUUACAGGGGGCUACCAUUAGCUUUAAAAAAAUUUCCUUCAAGUAUCAAGAGGAGAUUUUCCACUCGAAUGAGUAUGUAAUUAAUUAACAGGAUGAAGCAUAAAUAGAAUCAAAAUGAAAUUUAUUCUUAUAUCAGAGGACUGUAUAUUUUCCAUUUUAAAUAAAUAAAACAGCAAUGAAAGUGUUGAAGUGA